GGGAGACGAAAUGAGGGUGGGAACCCUUGUCCUUUUGUGUGCCUUAGUGGCAGUCGCUUGGUCCAAACCAGUAUGGAAAGAGAAAAACCGUGGUUAUAAAAACUACCGCCUUGUGCGACUUUCCCCGACUACUCAGGACCAAAUUGACUUUCUCAAGAGACUGGAAAACACCGUCCAAUUAGGCAUAGAUUUUUGGACCCCAAGCGACCAUCCGGGCACCCACAAUAUCGACAUCGCAGUCCCACCUAAGACCUAUAGAACCUUUAUCCGGCUGAUAGAGGUCAAUAAGAUCACGUAUAAGGUCAUUCAGGAGGAUAUUCAGAGCCUCAUAGAUACUGAGACAACCAGUAAUAGUAAAGCCCGCGAGGACAAGAUAAAGAGCAAGGCAUGCGAGUCUCAGGGCAACUGGAAGGGGAAGGACAAAAACAAGUGCAAAAACGGUCAAGUUGCUGUGGCAACGUUCAGUAACUUGGCAACGGAUAGUAUUGUGGGGACGUAUGCACGCCACGGAGAGAUAAACGCCUGGCUGGACGCUGUGGCUGCAGAAAGCAAUGGUCUAGCUACUGUUGAAACGAUCGGUCAAACUUACGAGGGCAAAGACAUGAAAGUGUUGAAAAUAGGGGAAGACGGAACUAAACCAGCCAUUUGGGUCGAUGCCGGUAUACACGCUAGAGAAUGGAUCGCUCCGGCGACCCUGGUGUACAUCAUAGACAAAUUUCUCUCUGAAUACAACAGCCGUCCAGAGCUGAAUAAGUACACCUGGUAUAUGCUGCCUGUUGCAAAUCCCGACGGUUACGAGUAUUCACAUACAUCUGAUCGUCUGUGGAGAAAGACUCGUUCACCUCAGAGUCGGAGAUGUACUGGCGUAGACCCCAACAGAAAUUGGGAUUCCCACUUUGGAGAGGCUGGCACCAGCAGUAACCCUUGCUCCAACGUUUACCCUGGAACUGCGCCGUUCUCUGAAAAAUGUACCCAAAAUAUAAGGGACUUCAUCAACGACCACAAGGACCGGUUGAAGAUGUAUCUGUCUUUCCAUUCCUAUUCGGAACUUUGGCUGACACCAUGGGGUUGGGGCAGGGAAAAACCCUCGGACAAUGAUGAAAUGAUGCGCGUGGCUAAUCUCGGCAAGACAGCUGUACAAGGGGUUAAUGGGAAAUCCUGGAUAGUUGGCGCCCCUCCGGAUAUUCUGUAUGCUGCGUCUGGUGGAUCCUACGACUGGGCUAAAGAAAAGGCAGGAAUUAAAUAUGCGUAUACAUUUGAGCUCCGCCCUGAUGGCAAUGCUUCUAAUGGGUUUGUCAUCCCGGCCUCUGAAAUUCUCCCCAGUGGGAAAGAGGUUUAUGCCGCCGUGAAGAAAGUCGCCUCUGAACUUAUUUAAUAUGUUAUUUUCAACAUUAUAGUAAAUUUGUUCAAACUGUAAGCGACAAAAGUGGUCUUUACAUUGCAUUUUUAAUUGGCCAGGAGAUGUGGAAAUAAAGAAAAAA